GAUGGAAGAAGAAGAUUAUUAUAAUAAUGAUUUCUUAAUGAUAGGUGAUUAUAUAUGUUUAUAUUGCGAAGAAACUGAAGGCUAUGUUUUCGGUUGUCAAACCAGUUCUGCUCAUAAUGCUUUAUAUAUAUAUCAUCGCCAAGAUGCAUCUAAACCAGCUAAUAUUCCAAAUCCUCAUUGCGUUACAUUUCAAAUUUGCAUACAAAAUCGUUACAAACUUCAAAAGAAAUACAGAAAGUUAUUGUCACAAAGUUUGGCAAAUCCAACUAAUUUGCAUAUUCGUUCUCUUCUUCACCAAGCAAAGGAAGGAGCGAAAGCAGAAAUGGAAGAUAAUGCUUGUGAAGAGAGGAGGCAGAGAGGAGCAAGAGUUCGUUACGGAACUAUUAUUCAAUUAAAGCACACAUUUACUGAAAAAUUUGUUCAUGCUAGUACGACUGAAACUAGCAAGAGAGAUAAAAAUAACAUGAGAGUAUCUAUCGAAGGGUAUAGUGCGCAUCAAGCUCACUUCCGGUUACUUCCCCGCUAUAAAGUAAAGUCUGAGGGUGAAAUUGUUCAGAUAGGUGAUCAAAUUGUUUUGGAGAGUGUAAAAUGUAAUGGACAGUAUUUACACUCAAGUGCCAUAUUUACAAUAGAUCACGUUGUUGGUAGAGGAUCGGAAUUGAAUCUUGCUGUUGAUCAGACAGGAUUUACUGUUGUUCGUUACAGCAGAGCGCCGAAAAUAGAAGAAACUCCAACUUCACUUUCAACGGAAUACGAAGAUUUAAUAAAAGGAGGUUCAGUUGUACGUCUUUUUCAUAAAGAACUUGAAGCAUACGUUGUGGCGGAAGGUCUAUUUAAUGAAUCGUUAAUUGAACAAGUUCACCUCAGAAUACGUCCAGUUGAUCAGAUGAUUGCGAAAACGCUCUAUCCGUCAACUUCAGCAAUAACUUACUGGCAAAUAGAGUCUGAAUCAAGUGUUCUCAAUGGUCACUCAAUUAGAUGGCAAACUCAAAUUCGAUUGCGCCAUUUUGUCACUCGCCUUUACCUUAAAAUAGAUCAGGAUAAUAGAGUCGGUUUAAGCGUUGAUGGGAAACAUCCAAAUACAGUUUUCCGUUUUCAUCCAUUAAUGAGAGAAGCUGAUGAGAUGAGAUUUGAAAGUUAUGCUCGAUUGGAGCAUGUUCUUAGUGGUUCUUGGCUUCAUGCAGAUCGGGAUUCCGUAUACGAAAAAAGAGCUUUCGGUGGUCAUGGAGAUGAUGGAUCUAUGAACGAUUUAAGAUGGGAUGGCGCCGAACUAAGAACAAUAUCGGCCACGAACGAAAGAAUGUAUCACGAUGCUUAUACGUUACAAAAGGUAGAUGAGAUUAAUUUAGCAGAGGCCAAUUUUGUAGCGGGACAAGUACCUUUCUUAACUAAGCUGAUAAGGGAUUUAGAGGCAAGAAUACCUAAACCCGACGAGACGUCAUUUUUAAAUGAUCCUCCGUCAAAUUCGAAGAAGGAUGGUGGAAUAUUGAAUGUCAAAAGAAAUUGGAGGAUUUGCACAGCUCUUAGGGAAUUACAAGAUUUUCUUAUUAUAGAUAAUCAACCGAUUAAAAGAAGACAAAAAUUAAUGAGAAACUUUUGCAUAAUAGAUCUAUUAGUAAAAAUUCUUCAAUUGCCUGUCAAAGAUGUUAUUAAUCAGGAGUUGAUGACGGAAGUUACGAAAUCAGUAUAUGGAGUAUUACAUACCUACAUGAUGGGAAAUUCUAGGAAAAAUUCCUUAUAUUUUGCAAAAUAUAUAGAUUUCUUUCAAUCGAAAUUUAGUCAGGCAGGCGAAAUUGGUUUAGAUAUUGCUCAAAUGAUAGUUGAGCUCAUUAAGGAUAAUCGCGAGAUAGUCGAUAGAAUAAGUAGACGUCAGAUUGAUGAAUUCAUUCAUUACGUAAGGAAAUAUAAGAAUUAUAGAUAUUUGGAUCUCUUAAACGUACUUUGCGUUUGUAAUGGUGUUGCAAUAUCUAAUAAUCAGUCGUAUAUAACCGAAAAAUGGCUAGUUAACGACAACAGAGGCGUCUAUUUAACGCAAAGGGGUCAGAAUAUUAGACGACAAACAAAUAUUAUUUACAUCUCUACCGAUUUAGGUUAUACUUGGUCUCCACUUCACGAGUUUGUAAAGGAAGGUAGCACAUUCUAUGAUGAAGAGCAGAAGCUUUUCCUUGAACAUCAAUUAGAUCUAUUCAGAAAGUUAUGCGACGGUAGAAAUGAAUACGUUAUUCAAAUAAUAAGCAGAGAAUUAAAGUAUAUUAGCUGGGAAGAAGCAUUCUUAUGUGUUCGCCUAAAUAUUCUUCCAGACGAAUUAAGGGCUAAAUACUGCGAUUUGAUAAUAGGCCUAUUCGUCGAUGUUGGUAACAAUUACGCUGUUUUGGAAUAUAGAAAUUUGUCUUUUGCCUACGAUGAUAUUGAUAUAAGAGAACCAAUAGAGGAUGGAUUCGGAGAAGGAACCGAAAUAGUCGUCAAAGAUCUCGUCACAAUAUUCCCAGUUCUGAGGGAUUGGAUAAUGGAGGUAUUGAAUAAUCAUGAACACUUUGUAGCUAGUAAUGUAGGCUAUAAUAAAUUAAUUGAACAAGUAGUAAAACUUUUGGAUUUACUUGUCAAAUAUGGAUAUUAUGGAGCGGAAAGAGAUAUCAAAGAUUUACAAACGCCUUUACUUACUCUUUUAGAAGGUGAGAAUGAUAUACCUUUUCCAGUAGAAGAAGCACAUAGUUCGGAAGCGAAGAAAUUAUUAAAAGAAUAUAAAGAGAAGAUGAGAUAUGAAAAGACAAUUGAAAAUUCCAGUAUUGUAGAAGUUAAAUAUCAAGCUCUUCAAGUUCUCGAACUUCUACUUAAUUACCAAUUUCAGACGAGACUGAAAUAUUUUGUUGCCCUUUUCAAACAGGCAGAAAGAGGUCGAGCGGCUAAGAAAACUAACGUACAAUUACAGACUCUCCUCUCUCCUUCUUUCGAUCCUGGCGAUCAAUCAAAAUACUCUAUUCAGAGGAAAUUGACAAAAACCCUUAGGGAAGCUUUUGACAAGACUUCAUAUUUUGAAAAGAGGCAACUGAUAGAUGUCCUCUUAGAUUUAUCAAAAUAUAACUAUGAUAAACUGGUUGUAAAGUCUUUGUCGGUACUUAAUAAAUUCUUCUCAUCAAGGACUGGAGCUUUUCAAGCGGCUAUAGAUUCGCAAAUCCUUUUGACAGCCGAUUCAGUUAGGGUUCACAGAGACUUUAUAGAUUUUCUUCCUAUGCUUAGGAGACUAGCUAGAGCUAAAAUAUCUCCUCAACAAGUUGAAACUACUGUGGCAAUUUUAGACAAACUAAGAAAACUUUGCCAAGUACCUUACGAUAUUAACGAAAGGCAUUCAAUCAACCAGAAUAUCCUGUUAAAUCAUGAUAUUUUAUCAAUAAUAUUCGAUACACUCAAUAGUCAACGUAUAGAUUCCAAGUUAAUAGAUGAUUACCGAGAAGCAAGAAUUGUUAUACAAAAAACUCUUGAACUACUCAAAUCCCUUACGAAGAAUAACGAAAUUGUGCAGAGAAGAGUUUUCGAGAGAUUAGACCUAUUACUAACUGUUACAGGUGUUGAAAAUCAAAUAGCUUUAACACUUCGGGAAGCGUUUGUAAAUAAUAGGCCAAAUUGCCUUAAAAUUUCACCAAAACAAUUAGAAAGAAUAGUAAAUAUAAUAUCAAACCUUCAAUGCGAAGCACCUGAAUUUCUCAGCUUGUUAUCUGAUAUCGUAAGAGGAGAUUCCGAUAUUCCUUUGAAAAGGAAUCAAACAUACAUUAUCAAAUAUAUUAUACGAAAUUAUUCAAGAAUAGCCUACAUCUUGGAUAAACCUAGGGAACAGAGAGAGACCUUAUUAACGAAUAGGAUUAAAUCACCUAAUUUGGAUUAUUUAAUAAGAUUAGUUGAAUUAUUAGCGGUUUGUGCCGAUGGUGAAAAUAAAUUUAUAGAAGCUUUAUGCCAAUCAGCCGUUCCUUUGGAAGAACUAUUGGAAAUAUUAAAGAAUGAUCAAGUUAGCCUAUUCGCUAAGCAAUAUUAUAUACUCUUCGCACAUAAUGUUUAUCUGAGAACGUCAUCAUCAAUAAUUGAUACAGGAACGGCUAAUUUAAGUCAUGAUCCUUCGUUAUGGUCGUUUAUGGUAUCAUUAAUCGUUCAGAGUACUAUAACAAGCGAUUACAUUUCAAAAUUAGAUGAUGAGACUGCAGAGAAUUUUAAGCCUUUGAAGAUAGAAACAAAUAUGGAGAAUGAACAUUUUCAAGCUCUUCAUUUUCUAUUAGAUUAUGCAAUGCCAUUUCUAAGAACUUUCUUUUCAAAAUUUUAUUCAAAGGACGCUGAUAUUUAUCCGGAAGAGCCUGAAAUAGUUCGACAAUUGGCAGCGUCUCUGUGGGCGUUUGUCAAUUCGAUAAAACGCUUUGUAACGGAUCCAAAACACUUAAAAACGAUUGUUUCGUGUAUGACAACCAUCUUACCUGCGUCCGAAUCGUCUGGUAAAUCUUUGGAUGCAUUUAUUGAAUCUUUAACGUCUAUUGAUUGUUUAAAAGCGGGAAAUUAUUCAAAUAUUGGCCAUGAGAAAUAUUACGAAGCUGAAAUUGAAUUAAAUAGAACUUUUAAGACGUUCGCCAUUAAUGCAAGCUUAGUUUACGGUGGUCCCAAUACAGUUGCCGCUCAAUUAAAAUUGCCUAUAAAGAAAUACGGAAAUAAACCUUAUGUAGAUCUAACAAGUCAUGAAAAAUUACCUUUGGGAGAAGAGUUUCAGGAACACAUUAAUUGCUUCUACAGGCCUAACGAGAAGACUUUUGCCUCUCAAAUAGCUCAAUGUUCAAUAAUAAUUAAACAAUUAGGCAUAUCUGGUAGUGAUUUACGUAUGACCGAAGCGUCUAAAGUUGAGCAAGAAGAAUUAGAUAUCAAAUGUUUACAACUCCUUAGGGGUGUUAUACACAACCAUAUUGUUAAAUUACCAAAUGAUUGGGAAGAGCAUCCCUUAAGAGCUAAAAGAGAAUUAGCUAAGAUAGCAGAAGUUCAAACUUGCUUAUGUACAAUGGGGGCAAUUGUUGAAGUUCUUCCUUUACUUACAUAUUCCAGUGACGAUAUGGCAAGGGAGACUUUAGCUUUUCUCUCUUCCAUAUUAUUUAAUGCAAAUCGUCAAGUACAAAGAUCCUUAAUUGACUAUUUCAAGGCCACAAGAGAGGAAGUCUUCUUUCUUGCCGUUCGCAAUCGUAUGCAUUUAUCAACGAUUUCAAUUAAGGAAAGGAAAAGUCUUGCCGCCCAAAAUAGGCGAAUAACACCUAAUGUUAAAGGACAACAUGACCAUCAUUAUCAUGAUUUACGCUCAACAAUAAGAAUUAGGAGGGAUGCCCUAGAGAAGAUAGAACACUACGAGUCAACAUUAAAGAGAAAUCGAAAGAGAAAGAGUAGGAGGGCUAGUCUUGCCACUUUGCAAACUCAAAUUUCAACUAAGUCUAUUCCAGGGGAAGAGGAGAACAAAGACUUAGUAGGUAUUCAAGUAGAAGAGGACAGAAACUCUAUUGCAGAAGGGAAUCACACGGAUGAUGAAGUAAAGGAUGGAGGUUUCAUAGAGCUAGUCUUAAAGGUUCUUGCUCAAAUGUGCGAUGGACAAUAUGUAGAAUUACAGGAUUACUUAAGAGAUCAACCAGAUAAUAUUAAAUCAUUUAAUCUUAUAGCAGAGACGGCAUCUUUCCUUUCAAUGGUAUAUUCGAACGUCACAUCAUCAAAUAUCGACUUAGUCAUACAACUAUUUGAGACUCUUAAUGAAUUUGCGUCAGGAAAUCAGGCUAAUCGAGCAGUUAUUGUAACGAAUAAAGUUGUCGACUACGCCAAUUUUAUCCUUCGUUCAUGCGAAACUGAUGACUUUACAGAUUGUAGCUCAGAUAAGAUUCUUACAAUGAAAAAAGCAAUUUCUAGCCUUAUUUAUUCUCUUAUUGAAGAGAACGGUAGAGAAAAAUUAAAAGUUGCUUGCGAAGUUAAGGAUACAGUUGACAAAGAAGCAUUCUAUAAAGUAAUGACAGAUUGCUAUUGGAAAAGUCAAGAUAAAUAUCCAAAGAUUCGACAACUAUUGCAUUUAAAUAGAUGGAAUAGUUUGAAUAGCGCAAAAGAAAGUUUACAUGUGUUUUCAUACCGUAUUAAAUUAUACGCUAGUCAAUUAAUUAAAGGUCGGCAAAGGAGUAUGGCCGAUGAGAUAUCCGAAGUAGGUUUCUCCUAUUUUAAUGUAAUUGCUCGCCUAAAUGAUAUUGGAGCAUUACAGCAUCGUUUAACAGUUGCAAAACAAAAACAAAUGCUAAAUGAUUCAUUAGAUCGAAUGGAAUCAAAUCAAAAAAAGGCUUUUGAGUAUUUCAAAAGGAAUACAAUGACAAUUGAAAUUGUAAAGGAUGAUGAUUUGCAGAAAAUCCACUUUAGAGUAAGAAGUCAACAAGUUUUAAGAGAGCAGAUAAAAGAAAAAUUAAAAUGGAGUGUUGAUAGGUCAUCUCCAAGUAAUAAAAUAAGAGAUUUAAUGAAUUGGUCUAAAGAUAUCGUUACAGAUAUUUAUUAUCAAAGGAAAAUAUUAUCCAAUUGGUUGGCCGCUUUUAUAACUCGUAGAUGGUUAGCGUGGAACUAUGGUGUUAUCCUACUCAGUUUGGCAAUAAAUUUCCUUAUGUUAGUGUCGUGGAAUGCGAAAUUUUCACUUAUAGAAUUACCCAAUAAUGCUACUUCCCUACCAUCGGCAUUAUGGGAUCCCAUUCCUCAGAUGAAAGUUUCCAAUUAUUACGAUCUUCUCUACGUUUUGGGAGGAUGUCACGCCGCGUUCUGCGUGCUUUUGUUUAUUAGUUAUCUACUAUCAAAUCAUCCUCGCCUCCCCAAUUUGGCAUCAGCUCGCUCUUUCCUUGGACUUUCCAAAGAGACUGACCUAAGUGAAGAUGGAAUUGAAAUAAGUAAAAAGCGGAUAUAUAAAUCAAAAUUAGACGUCCACCUUUUAAGCCUAUCAACCUUAUAUUAUGUCGCCUUGGUGGGACUUUCAUUGGCUGGAACAUUUUAUCAUGGAUAUUUUUUUGCAUUUCAUUUAUUGAAUAUUGUAAAUAACAAUCAAUUGUUGAUUGGUGUUAUACAAGCCGUCACACAGAACGGAAGAUCCCUAAUAUGGGUUGCAAUAUUAGGUCUAAUAAUGUUUUAUUUGUAUGCAGUAAUAGGUUUUGCAGUCUUUCGGGAUCUAUUCAAACCUCAACAGCACCUUUAUUGCGCCUCUUUGUGGCAAUGUACAGUUACAAUGAUUAGAUAUGGUCUUGUUGGAGACUAUAGUGAAGUUUUACACAGGCAUCACCUGAAUAAUUCAUUUGUAAAUUUUGCUUAUCUGGCUAUUUAUGAAGUAUCCUUUUUCGUAUUUAUAACGACGAUAGGCCUAAAUAUAAUAUUUGGCAUCAUCGUGGACACUUUUAGCGAGUUAAGGGAUUUGAAAUGGACAGCCGAAAGAGAUAUGAGGGAUACGUGUUUCAUUUGUUCUCGCAAAUCGUACGAUUUUGAGCAUCAUGGUCUAGGAUUUAACCAUCAUGUUCAAAAUGAACAUAAUAUGUGGGCCUAUAUCUUCUUCUUUAUCCAUUUGCACGAUACAAAACAGAACGACUAUACUGCAUUGGAUUUAUAUGUUUUUAAGCUUUUAGGUUUAGAUAGGCAUACAUUUUUCCCAUUGAAUAGAGCACUAUCUUUAUCAACCGUCGAUGACGAUUCAACGGAAAGUAAAAUCGACGAACUGUUAGAGAAUGUAUCGAAUCUUGUCGAAAAGCAAAAAUGGGAAGAGAAUGAAAAGAAGAGGCUGAAGGAUAGAGACGAAUUAAGACAAUGGCAAGAGAGACAUAGGCAUAUGGCAAUCACUCGUAGACAGGAUAGGGAAGAACAACAAUCGAAAACUCUACAAAUUCUAGAAGAAACAUAUCUAUAA